AUGCUGCUGGAUACGCCCCUGGCAGAGCAUUUCCUUGAUUUCUAUGCUGUCUCGCCCAACUCCAAGGUCGUGCUGACAACUCGGAGUGCUUCUGACUGGGUGAAAUCUCGCAUGCAGUUUGACAGCACCCUGGCUGCCCCAUUACACAGUCCGUGUGGCUUGAAAAUUGCAGAAAUGAACUUGGAGGCUGCUGCGCGCUUGUACGAGGCUCACGAACGCCUGGUUCGAUGCAUCGUUCCAGCAGACAAGCUGAUGGAGAUCAAUGUUUUUGCGGGUCCCGUUGACGUGCCGAAGCUGGUGGAUUUUUUGGGCCUGCCAAAACCAGAAUAUAUGCCACUUUUUCCGCGCAUCGGUGGAGAAGAGAGCCGAUACGACGAGGAGAACUUCCUCAUCUGCAUCACGGGACAGAUUCGUCGGCUGGAGCUGAAAACAAAGGUAGAUCGCCUCUUCCUUCCUCUUGCCAACUCGGGCUUCACUGUGCUGGUGGCACUAGUUCUGGAUCCACGACCGGAGCCCAAGUACAUAAAUCGGCCGGCAGGAGAGCAGUUCAGCAACUACACGGUGGUGGACGGCAACUUCUCAACUCUACAGCAAGCUGCAGAGAUGUUUCCAAGCUCCAUUUACUUGAUUGGUGAUCCGUUCAUUCCGAAAGAUUACCCAGUGGACGAAAGAUAUGUCCAAGCAUUGUUCCUGAGCUGCGAGCCAAUACUUCCAUGA